AUGGGUGCCGAACAAAGCUGGGGCGGAAUCAUGAGCACUUUCGAAGACUGUGUUCUCCUUCUUGACAGCAACACCCUGACUGCAGCAAGCCACUUCGACGAUACGGUUAUUUGCCCCAGCCAAUUGAAGCAGGAGCAGGGUUCCGGCGGGAAGAAAGAUGAGAAUGAAGUUGGAAGAGCGCGUUUUACACAGAGUCAAAGUCCGUCAGACUCGGAUUGGGAGACGGUGACUGGGUCGGAGAUUGACGAAACAGACAAGCUGUCUGUAGUGAUCUAUGAAGAGGAGGAAAUGACAGAAUCUGGGAUGGAAUAUGAGAGUUGGGAGGACUUCUUGACUGUGUAUGGCUCGGAGGAUAUGACGAAUCAUGAGAGCAUCAAGGGAGAGAAAAUGUGCUCGACUGCUUGUGGGAGCAAGUCGGGAGAUGGGAAUUUGGUGCAGUCGAUAGAACUGGAAGACUUGCAGGUGGAGCAUGCUUGA